GUCAUAGCUUUUGUGUGUUCAAGUCGAAUGCAACUUGUGUUUUUGUUCUUUCAAGUAACAUCUGGAUUUGUGUUCCUCAUAAUUGUUAUUCACUAUAUUUAUUAUAUAAUAAAUGCUGUUGCUGGUGAUUUUGCUAUUACCACGACAAUAAAAACUUGCUCGAGCGAACCCGAUUCCACGAAAGCUUCAAAUCAUCACAGAGCAACAAAGGAAUCAAAUCAGGAUCCAAUUUUGGUCCAAGCAACUAAAACACCUAAGUCGAGCACAAUGCAAUCAAGUGAUGAUGCCAAGUUUAUUAAAAAACGCUGGAAGGGCGGCAGCAUUGAACCACACCCUACCGAUAAAGCCUUAAUAGUAAACUACCAAUUGGAGGCGACUGUUUUUGGAGAACCCAACAAUCCCAUGAUUGAAGAAAAGAAGAAUUGCCAGAAAAUCAUACGCUUGCGAUCAUUAAACGCCAAAACAGACCCAGCGAGUCUGGCUCGAGAAGUAGUGGAGAAAUGUGACCUUAUACACAAGUCGCAGUUAAACGAUGUUGAACAGAUCAUAUUCUAUCUGAAGAACCGCAAAGACAACGCAACGAACGAUAUUACUGACAACAGUCACAAUAGUAAUCGAAGAGCAACUGCUGUUCACAACUCCCAUAUGCGGUCUUCUGCACGAUCGCACAAUAACGUAACGGCUAUGACCAGUAGCACCAUGGGGACGGGAUCUGGAGGGACAACAGCAUUGACAACGCCAUCGACAGAUCCAGUAUCCAUUAAUAACAUUGAUGAGUAUGUGGAGCUCUUAUAUGAAGAGGUGGCGGAGCGAGUUCGUGGCUCGGCAAUGAUAUUGCAAAUAGCGCGUAAUGCUGAUAAUCUUGAGGAACUGGAAAAGAACGAAGCUUGCCUCAGUGCAUUGUCUCGCGUUUUGCGCGAGGAUUGGCGCAAAUGUCUGGAUUUAUCCACCAACAUAAUUUAUAUAUUCUUCUGCUUUUCUACCUACACCAAGUUCCAUCCUCUAAUUGUUCAUUACAAGAUUGGAUCACUUUGCAUGGAUGUCAUCGACUAUGAACUGCGCCGAUACGAGACCAUGCGCAAUGAGUUGGACGUGCGUAAGCAGCCUUAUGAUUCCACUCCGCUAUCUGCUAAGGCCAGUAAAGAGAAACUUAAUCGCAGCACUGACAACUUUUUGGAUAUUAUGAACGAAGAGAAACCCAAAGACAUGGAACCUCCACGACGACGCAUACCAGAGCUAAAACAGCGUCCGAAGUCUGGCAAUUGGAGUAGCUUUCACGGAACAAUGUCUUCCUCUUUAAUUAAAAGUCAAGUGCUUAACAGCAGUUACCAUGAGGCAUUGUCCGCGGGAACUGGAACUUCUUGCAAUGCCAAUUCGAGUGCGAUGGAUUCAGCAUAUUCGGUUGAUUCAAAAGCGCAGAGCAACGAAUCCCUAGAUCAUAGCGAUCCUAAAGUCAAAAAGGAGGAAUUCGAUCGACUCAACAAGCAACUGAAGAUGUUUGCCAAGAAACAGGAACAAUUGCUGCGCGUUGCAUUCUAUCUGCUGCUGAACAUGGCUGAAAAUGUUAAGCUGGAGGAAAAGAUGCGUAGAAAGAAUAUUGUUAAAAUGCUUGUGAAAGCACUGGAUCGCCAGAAUAUUGAUCUGCUUAUGCUCGCCAGCACAUUUCUCAAGAAAUUGUGUAUUGUGGGCGAUAACAAAGAUGAGAUGUCCAAUUUAAACAUUGUCGCCAAGCUACCUCGCCUCUUUCAAAAUGCACAUACGGAUCUCGUGCAGGUCACACUCAAGCUAGUCUUCAAUCUAUCAUUUGAUGGUGGGAUUCGCAGGCAAAUGAUUGCAGCUGGUUAUCUGCCCAUGCUUAUCAAGUUCAUCAACGAUGAGAAGCAUCACGCAACUGCAGUCAAAAUACUUUAUCAUAUGAGUCUCGAUGACAAAGUGAAAUCAAUGUUUACCCACACGGAGUGUGUACAAAUGGCCACUGAUGCCAUCAUACUGAAUCUCAACGUAAAGGUGGAUCCCGAUCUUAUAGCGCUGUGCAUUAAUUUGUCACUUAACCAUCGCAAUGCGCAGAUUAUGGUCGAAGGUAAACGACUACACAGCCUCAUGGAUCGUGCCUUUAAAUAUCAAGAUGCUCUUCUCAUGAAAUUGUUACGAACUCUUUCGCAACACGAGUCGCUGCAACUGCUGUACAUCGAUUACGUGGGAGAUUUAGCCCGGAUUUUAACCAUAUGUGACAAUGAAUCUUUUAUUGUCGAGUGCUUGGGAAUACUGGGAAAUCUUGCGCUUACUGACCUCGAUUAUUCGCAAAUCCUACAAAACUUUCAACUAAUUCCAUGGAUACGUCAAUUACUAGUUCCCUGUGCCAGAAUGGAUGAUCUGGUGCUCGAUACCAUUGUUUAUCUGGGCACUUGUGCUUGCGACGAACUUUGUGCGCUAUUAUUCUGUCGAGCUAAGGUCGUUCUAUCGCUAAUCGAGCUGCUAAAAGCCAAGCAGGAGGAUGAUGAGAUUGUGUUGCAGAUCAUUUUCGUAUUUCAACAGAUACUUCAACACGAAAGCACUCGCGAGUACAUGAUUAAGGAGACUGAGUCACCGGCCUAUCUAAUCGAUCUCAUGCACGACAAGAACGAAGCAAUCCGAAAUGUAUGCGAUUAUUGUCUGGAUAUUAUAGCCAUCAGCAAUAGUGAAUGGGCUAAGCGAAUUAAACUGGAAAAAUUCCGUAAUCAUAACUCACAAUGGCUCUGCAUGGUGGAGUCGCAACAGGAUCGUGAAACAGAACAGGACUUUUUAGAAAAUAACGAUGACGAUAAUGAUUUGGACACGUAUUUGCGAUCCGAGUACCUAAAUAAUUGCGACCUUUACAAUAGCUCCAACAUUAACGAGCGCGAUAAUGACACAAACAGUACCAAUAGUAAUAAUCCAGGCAGUCCAUCUUAUAGCAGGCCAAUCAGCACCUACCGACGAAGCCAGGAUCUUGACGAAUUAUACAAUAUGACCUCAAGCUCGAAGUCACAAGGUUCCAACCAAGGCGUCAAUGAAAGUAAUUACAAUAUGUUUAAGCCGCAAGAUGGUGAUGACAUGAAUGAAGAGCUGGCAUAGUUAAGAUAUUGAAUAAAUUAUGUAAAUUAUAUCGCAAAAUUAGUCAGUGUUGUCAUUAUAAAGUGUAUCUGUUUCUAACAAUUUUUGUUUCAAAACGAUGUUCACUUGUUGAAGAUUUCGUUCGUAACGAAACUUCUAGCUUAAACUGUAUUGCACAUUGUACAACAAAAAAACUUGGUCUCAGUCUUUUAAUUUUGUUUUAGCAUAAAUUGAAAAAAUUAUUAUUUAAUGCAAUAAAUACAUUUUUCUAAUGAG